GAUUUGCUAUUCGAGGGAUGUCGGCUGAAGUAGCUAUCACUCUUCGAGCUUCUUCCAGUACUCCUCUUGCUUUGGAAAGAACACAAGCCACACUGUCAAAGAGAAAAGUGGUUGAAGAGGAUUCUGACGUUGAUGAAGAUGAAGAUACCUCUUUGACAGCUCGUCCUAGAACCAGGAGGCGCAUUGUUUCUGAGGAUGAAACUGGAAUCUCUCCCGCUCGUAUCUCCGAACCUGUUACUAUUACCUCCGAUGAAGAAACCAUUCCAAGGGACUCCCCUGAAUCCACUCAUCGCCUCUUUAUUGAGGGCUUCGAAAGUGGUGAAUUAGGUCCGGUUUUAGAUGAAAUUCCUCUUUCAUCUUCCGUUCCUGUUCUUUCUGUUCCUCCUCCUCUAAUUUCAAGUGUUUCCUUACCCACUUUGUCUGUUCCUACCUCUUUGUCAAUUUCUGCUCCGUUACCUGCCUCGACUCCUUCGACUACUACUAUUUUCACCUCUUCUACCGUUCCUCCCUCUAUAGUUCCCCCUUCCUCUGCUCAUUAUGCAGAGGAGGGUUCUAGUAGUAGAAGCAUGGCUAUGAGGAGUGCUAACCUCAUUGGUACGGAAUUGAUGGGAAGAAUUUCCCUCUUAGAAAAGAAGGCUCGCGAGUCUGAUCAGACUUUUCUUGAGGCUGAGAGGAUAGCUAGAGAAGCCCAGCUUGAGGCAACCAAUUGGAAAGAGCAGUUUAAAAAUGCUCAGAAAAAGAUAAAAGAAUUGCAAGAGAAUAAACGUGACCUGGAACAGCAAAAGCAAAUUCUGACUUCUGAAUUAGCGGAGGCCAAGGCUUCUUCUAGUAAAGCUGAGAAGGAUAAAGAGCGCCUUGAAUGUUCUUUUUCAGAACAAUUAUCAAAGUCAAGCGAAGAGAUUAGAGAACUUAAGGUAUUGUUGAGCAAGAAAGAGGAGUACGCAGGAGAGCUAGUUCAAAACUUGUCUCAGGCUCGGGCUGACUUGCAAAUUUCCUCUGAUAAGGUUCGUGCCUUAGAGAAUUCUCGUGCCUCCCUUGAAGCUACCCUUGAUUUCACUUUGGCUGAAAAUCAAAUGUUAAAAAAUGAUCUUGCCUCGUGGGAAAGGGAUUAUGAGCUUCUUGAGGAGAACUUUAACACAGAGGUGAGCUGGGCCUUUCUAAACUCCCGCCGUGAUGCCUUAACUGAAGCCAGUCAAGAAAACAUUGAUUUAGAAUCGGAAUUGGCCAAGGUAUUGAGAACCAUUGAAAUAACUCAACAACCACUUGACUUUCCUUCUCCAGCAGAUGAAACUCCCGUGGCUGAGGAACUUUUAAAUGAAGGAGCCGCUUCUGUUGAAGUUGAAAAUGUUACAAUUCCAGCUCCCGAGGGUGAAACUUCACCGAUACAGUCCGUGGAAGCUGAAGCUCCCGUGACUCUUGCUUCCCUCGGUGACUUUAACACUUCAAGCCCAACUGCCGCUACUUCCUCAGAAAUUGCUACCAUGCCUACAGUUGCUUCUGAAAGUGAAGUUAACAUUGCAACUUCAGAAGUUCCAACCCCUUUAGUGACAAGUUGA